GACAGAAAUUCAAAUUAUUCAUUGUACCAUCAUACAAAUUUAAAAAAAUAUAUAUGUUACCGGCAAAGUUUGAAAUCCGGCAUUUUAUAGAAUGCCUAGGCAUUGUAUAUAAUGCCUAAAACUAGCCGGCAAUCUAUGAAACGAUUUAUAUUUUACAGAUUUCCUAGGCAUUCUAUAGAAUGCCAAAUGAGAAACUGGCAAAGUAUGAAAUACAUCUCCGUUUCGUUUCAAAUAUCACGUGGCAAGGCACGUGACUUUUAACGAGCGGCUCAGGCUUAGAAUUUGUCAGUUGCACUUUGCGGUUUGUUCGGGAGUGUCAAAAUACGCAAUUUUACUUAAAUUUGUUCAACAAAAAAUUAGUUUUUUACUGUGGUCCAUGAAAAUGGAGGAGCAAGCUGUAGUGUUGGAGAAGGUGUCAUGGUCUAUAGACAUGAAACAACGAUUCGACGAUGAACUGUGCAAAAUUCGAGUUAAUGCUGCAAAAAACAGUAUUUUCUUAACCGAAACUACUUACCAGAAGUUAAUAAAUGAUGUACAAAAAGCCAAAAUGACUACUAAGAAGGAACCCAGGGACUAUUGGUUGCUGAAUCGCUAUGAUGUGAUGAUUGUAGAAAACAAAAGUAAACUCAUUUAUCCUGUUAAAGAAGGCGUCAGUACUAUACAGUAUUACGUCACGGACUCAGAGUUAUUUCACGUACUUCAUGAAGCUCAUUUGGCUAUUGGACACGGAGGACGUGAUAGAAUGUUGAAAGAACUUUCAAUCAAAUACAAAAAUGUUACACGUCAUGAUAUUGAACUGUACAUCCACCUUUGUGAACCUUGCCAGAAAAAACAGAAAGGUAUUAAAAAGGGCAUUGUUGUGAAACCUAUGAUUUUUUCCGAAUUUAAUUCCCGUUGUCAAGUAGAUCUUAUUGACUUUCAGUCUCAGCCAGAUAGAGAAUACAAAUUUAUUAUGGUGUACCAAGAUCAUCUCACAAAAUUUGUGAUUCUUAAGUCUCUAACGUCGAAAAGAGCUGAAGAAGUAGCCUACAACCUAGUGGACAUAUUCUCGUUGCUUGGAGCGCCGUCUAUAUUACAGUCUGACAAUGGUAGGGAAUUUGCGAAUAAUGUGGUGACCAGCUUGAAGGAGUUUUGGCCAGCACUGAAGAUCGUCCAUGGGAAGCCUCGCCAUUCACAAAGCCAGGGUAGUGUCGAAAGAGCUAAUCAAGAUAUCGAAAAUAUGCUCUGUACUUGGAUGCAGGACAACAAAUCUGACCGCUGGAGUGAAGGACUACGUUUCGUUCAAUUUAUGAAAAAUAGAGCUUAUCAUUCUGGGAUCAAAAGAACACCAUACGAAGCUCUUUUUGGCUGCAAACCUAAAGUAGGGCUUUCUUUUCUACCAGAAUUAAAAGACAUAAAUACAGAGGAGCAGCUAGAAAAAGUAAUAGAAAGCGUCAAAACAAUGGAAAAAGGUGAAACUAAUCAGAUUACGCAAGAUGAGAUUAUAGUCGUUAGUGGAGUAAACCAACACGAUGAAGACAUGCUUACUGAAGAGAUUUCCGUUUCUGAUACCUGUUGUGUGUGUUUAAAGGAAACAAGUGAUGCACUUGCAUGCAAAAAAUGUCGUCAAAAAAUUCAUACCUUCUGUGGCCAUGCUAGUAAAGAUGAUGAAAUGGAUAUUUUGUGCACCCUUUGUUUCAAAACUGAAAAUGCUAUUGAAGGUAAAAUAAAUUCUAAAAUCAAUCUGGAAAUACAAGCCAAAAAAUGAAAAUAAAUUCGGAAAAAAAAUUUCCCACUGCUUCUUUGGGAACUACUGUGCGAGUUCCUAUUCCUGACGUCGACAAGGGGCGAGGUGAUUCGCGCAAUAUAUUGGCAAUUGUAAUGAGUGUGACAGAGGAUGGUUUCUACCGACUUGGAA